CCACGCAUCAAUUUUCUACUCGUCUCUAUCUACGCAAUUGAAACUUUUUUUAUCGGGGAAAGCUUCAAUUAUUUUCAACCACUACAAGAAUCACGAUCGCGCACCUUGUGAGAAGUGACGCGGCGACGAGCGCUCCUAGCCUAGCAAUUUCUCUUUUGUUCUUCUAUCUUACAAAAUCAGAAUUGCACCUAGCAGCAUGUCAAUUUGGGAUGCGCUCACCGGACGAAAGUCCUCUCAACAAUCAUCGUCUUCAACGCCAAGCUCCGCCUCGACCUCCGCGCCAACCGACACCUUCACCCCAACUCCAUUUAACCCACAAGAUGCGCAAGGCGUAGAGUCUUUCUUAAAAAGCUCUGCCUUUGCCGACCCGUCUCUACUACAUCCUUUAGCAGGCUUAGACAAGGAGGGCUUAGAGUACUUAAAUCUAGAAGAUUCCGCUCUGUCAGACCUCCCCGGCGCACAAUCGGCGAUCCCCUCCCGAGGCUUCAGCGACGACUUAUGUUAUGGAACCGGCAUAACAUAUUUGACAGCACUGGCAAUAGGAGGUGCAUGGGGCCUUCAGGAAGGCCUUCGGAGAUCGGCAGGCCAACCACCCAAAUUACGUCUGAACUCGGUCCUUAAUGCCGUAACACGGAGAGGCCCAUUCUUAGGCAAUUCUGCUGGCGUUGUUGCUAUUACCUACAACUGUUUUAACUCGGGAAUUGGCUAUAUCAGGGGGAAGCAUGACUCUGCGAACACCAUUGUGGCAGGUGGUCUAAGCGGUAUGCUGUUCAAGAGUACACGGGGGCUUCGACCGAUGUUGAUAUCAGGAGGUAUUGUGGCUUCGGUGGCAGGCGCAUGGGCGGUUACCCGAAAAGUCAUACUUGCCCCAGAGACCAGAGGGCAUGAGCAGCACCUUUAAAUCUAGCAACAUCUGUUAAAUGCUAGGCAAAAUAAUUCCCGACCUGAAUAGGGAAUUCGGGGAUCGGGUACGAUUAUGUAUGAUACCACACUCGAGAACUUGGCCUUGUGCCGUACGACACUUCGAUAUAAUUGGGUGAACAAAGUUGCCGAGUUAGGUGCGAAACGAUAGACGAUCUCUCCUCCGGCUGGACAAAGUGUAUAAAAUAGGCGGUCAAGUGCAUAGAAAGCACCUACGGUGGUGGAUUGGUAGGCGUUCGAGUCAACUACGGGCUGGAAUUGAAUUUUCAAUUUUGAACAAGUCUUGGUUAUUUCUCGUUGAUGCGCUACGACAUGUGGCAUCGCCGGGCAGUGAGAGAGGGGUCUGUCACCACCUUGGUGUAGAAGUAGGGCUUAUACUUGCACCAUCAGGUGGGUAUUUAUCUUACCCCUAUCCAUCACAACCAUGAUGGUUGAUUGCCUACUAGGUGAAUAGACGUGAAAAGUACCUUGUACGGAUUUACCUAGCAGGUGUCUGGGUACAUAGUAUGUUAAAAUAUUAAUACACAGCGUCAACCUAAUUACUUCCUCGGUUUAAUUCUUUCGCCG